CAGUGCCAGCGUCUGGCAGGUGUUUGUUUCAAAUGGGUCUCGGACUGAUAUUUUUCUCGGAGACCCCGUAACUCUCCCUGCACGGAUUUCCCCCCUCCGCCCCCGAAUUUUGAAAGUCCUAUAUGGGGAGGCGGCACUGCCCCCGCACCAGUCUCAACAGAGCCUCCGAGAGGGAAACGCGAGGUAGCCCUCCGCCUCGGUGUGUAUCCACUGAGGUCCCCAACGGAGGGUCCCCCCAACACCGAGUGUCUGGCCGGGACCCUCAAGACCCUUAGGAAGGGGGCCGGCGGGACAUGGCUGAAGCGCACCAAGCCGUGGGCUUCCGACCCUCACUGACCUCGGACGUGGCGGAAGCGGACCUCAGUGCCUCGGCGCUGCAGGAGAUCUACCUGUCCGGACUGCGCUCCUGGAAAAGGCAUCUCUCCCGGUUCUGGAAUGACUUUCUCACUGGUGUGUUCCCUGCCAGCCCCCUCAGCUGGCUCUUCCUCUUCAGUGCAAUCCAGCUCGCCUGGUUCCUCCAGCUGGAUCCUUCCCUAGGACUGACGGAGAAGAUUAAAGAGCUGCUGCCAGAUUGGGGUGGACAGCACCACAGGCUUCGCGGGGUCCUGGCGGCCGCACUGUUUGCUUCGUGCCUCUGGGGAGCCCUGAUCUUCACACUUCACGUGGCUCUCAGGCUGCUGUUGUCCUACCACGGCUGGCUCCUCGAACCCCACGGAGCCAUGUCCUCACCCACCAAGACUUGGCUGGCCCUGGUCCGCAUCUUCUCCGGCCGCCACCCAAUGCUCUUCAGUUACCAGCGCUCCCUGCCGCGCCAGCCGGUGCCCUCCGUGCAGGACACCGUGCGCAAGUACCUGGAGUCCGUCCGGCCUGUCCUUUCGGACGAGGAUUUCGACUGGACGGCGGGCCUGGCUCAGGAAUUCCUGAGGCUGCAGGCGUCGCUGCUGCAGUGGUACCUGCAGCUCAAGUCCUGGUGGGCGUCCAAUUACGUCAGUGACUGGUGGGAAGAGUUUGUGUACCUUCGCUCCCGCAACUCGCUGAUGGUGAAUAGCAACUAUUAUAUGAUGGACUUCCUGUAUGUCACGCCCACACCCGUGCAGGCUGCUCGCGCUGGGAAUGCUGUGCACGCCCUGCUGCUCUACCGCCACCGCCUGAACCGCCAGGAGAUCCUGCCGACGUUGCUGAUGGGAAUGCGGCCCCUGUGCUCCGCCCAGUAUGAGAAGAUAUUCAACACCACGCGGGUGCCUGGGGCCCAGAAAGACCACCUGCGCCACCUCCGGGACAGCCGGCACGUGGCCGUGUUCCACCGGGGCCGGUUCUUCCGCGUGGGCACCCACUCCCCGAGCGGCCUGCUGUCCCCUCGCGCCCUGGAGCAGCAGUUUCAGCGAAUCCUGGACGACCCCUCGCCCGCCUGCCCCCACGAGGAGCACCUGGCGGCCCUGACCGCGGCGCCCAGGGACCUGUGGGCGCAGGCGCGGAGGUCCCUGAAGAGCCGCGCGGGGGAGGCCCUGGAGGCGGUGGAAGGGGCCGCUUUCUUUGUCUCGCUGGACUCGGAGCCCGCGGGGCUCACCAGGGAGGACCCCGCGGCCUCCUUGGACGCCUACGCCCACGCCCUGCUGGCUGGCCGGGGCCACGACCGCUGGUAUGACAAGUCCUUCACCCUCAUCGUCUUCUCCAACGGCAAGCUGGGCCUCAGCGUGGAGCACUCGUGGGCGGACUGCCCCGUCUCAGGGCACAUGUGGGAGUUCACUCUGGCCACCGAAUGCUUCCAGCUGGGCUACUCGGUGGACGGCCACUGCAAGGGCCACCCUGAGCCCUCCCUGCCCCGGCCCCAGCGGCUACACUGGGACCUUCCAGACAAGGUCCACCUGUCCAUCGCGCUCGCCCUGAGGGCAGCCAAGACCUUGUCCGGAGACACGGACUGCCACGUCUUCCCCUUCUCCCACUUCGGCAAGAGCUUCAUCAGACGCUGCCACCUGUCCUCAGACAGCUUCAUCCAGACGGCCUUGCAGCUGGCCCACUUCCGGGACAGGGGUCGCUUCUGCCUGACUUAUGAGUCGGCCAUGACGCGCCUGUUCCUGGAAGGCCGGACGGAGACAGUGCGGUCUUGCACGCGGGAAGCCUGCAACUUCGUGCGAGCCAUGGAGGACAGAGAGAAGACAGUGGGUGACUCCCAGUGCCUCUCCCUGUUCCGCCUGGCGGUGGACAAGCACCAGGCUCUGCUGAAGGCGGCCAUGAGCGGGCAGGGCGUGGACCGCCACCUGUUCGCACUCCACAUCGUGUCCCAGCUCCUCCACCUGCAGGCGCCCUUCCUGGACCAGGUUCACUCGGAGCAGUGGCAGCUGGCCACCAGCCAGAUCCCCGUGCAGCAAACCCACCUGUUUGACGUCCACAACUACCCCGACUACGUGUCCUCCGGUGGAGGGUUUGGGCCUGUGAGUGGGACGGGCGGACCCGGCGCCCUGAACCCCGACGGGGGCGCUGGCAGCCUGCACACCUGCCUCCUGCCUCCUGCCUCCUGGUGGGGAGGCACCUGGGCCUUCUGUUCCCCUCGCCCUGUCCCUUUCCAGGUGGAUGACCACGGCUACGGUGUUUCUUACAUCUUCAUGGGGGAUGACACGGUCACCUUCCACAUUUCCAGCAAAAAAUCAAGCACAAAAACGGACUCGCACCGGCUCGGGCAGCACAUUGAGGACGCGCUGCUGGACGUGGCCUCCCUGUUCCAGGAGGGGCAGCGUCUGAAGCGAGGGUGCCGGGGGCGGGGGGAGGAGGACGCGGGGAACCGGCGUGGGUCUCUCCCCGGCCACUAGGGGCUCCGGGGCACCCCUGCCGCCCACCAACCUGUGAUCUCUUCCGGCCGGAACCUGGUCUCCCCGGGAAGUCGUGGGCGGGGCUCUGUGGCUGGGCUGGUGCCGGACGGAGGCACCCUGUGUGGGUUUGGAACCCCACAUCUGGUCCAAUAAAGAUGUGUGAGCUGGG